AACAGACCAAUUUACGUUUUCCUACGCUUCUAACCUAAAAAAAAAAUAGUGAACACAUGUGGUUGAAGAAGAAAAAGUAGAAAGUAUUAAAGGUGGUGUAUUGCUUGUCCGUGAAAAUAAGAAAGAAUAUAGGCCAAGAUUUUAACUUUUCCGAUUAACUUAAUUCUUCCGAUUAAAUUUAUAAACUGCCGAACUUACAAGAUCGUUCCUAACCUAAUUUCUGAAUUAUUUUAGAUGUAUUAUUUUAUUAUCAGUUAAAAGUAUUAUAUUUUACACAAAUUGUAAUUUGCAGAUGGAUGAGGAAAACAUAAUAAUACGAUCAGUUCUUAGUUGGCAAUUCAUAAAUUUAAUUUGCUGAUUUUUAAGUUAACCUUCAUAGUAAAAAUAUAAGAUAUUUUAUGUCCAACCAAUUUCCAUCCACAUAAAUUUCUCAAUAUUUUAAAGAUCAGACAUGCAGAGAGUUCAAGUAAGAAAUUGAAGAUUGAAUGAAUCUAUAGAAUAACUCGGAGAUACAAUGAGUGCCAUCGAAGGAGACACAGGCGAGCCCAUAGAGGACAUAAUCACUGUAGGCACACAUGUGAUAGUCAAAAAACAUGGCUUCAGCAAGGUGUAUAAGGUAUCUGAGAACGGUGUUCUGUGCCUAGGAAAAGACCAGAAGGUAGAAAUGCGCGAGAUUGUUGACAAACCAUUCUGGAGCACCUUCGAAAUGGUGCCAUCAGGCAGCAAAGGCACCUUUACUUUGAAACUGACAGAUCAAGUGGAGUCAUGGAAUGAUCUGCGGGGCGAAUUGAGUGGCUGUGACAAUCGCUCCAUCACAGACGACGGUACAUCGCAGAGAUUAUCGAAGGAGGAGAUCUUGCAGCUGCAGGAAGCCGGUAAGACUGGCAAAGAGAUAAUUGGCAGCCUCAUCGAGAACAGCACAUCUUUUGCUGCGAAAACUGAGUACUCGCAAGAGAAAUACAUUAAGAAGAAAGAGCGCAAGUAUCUCAAGUUCCUGACUGUACACAGGCCAUCUAUAUUGUCGCUGCACGAAAUAUACUUCAAAUGGAAGCCUGAAAAAAUCGGCAGACUAAGAAUGGAUACCCUGGCACAGAUAUUAUCCUAUAGCGACGUGCAGUCCGAUGGCCUUCAUCUGCUCUACUGUAGCGGAUAUCAGGGACUGCCCGCGGCAGCUAUGCUCAAUAGAAUAGGCACGAAUACCAAUGGCCGCCUGAUCAAUCUGCAUCCUGGCAAUACACCCCAAACUAUGUUCGUUGACACCAUGAAUUUUCCACAGGAGUUAAGAGACCGACAUAUCGCCGUAAAUAUCUAUAGCUUCUUGAAAUUAUGUUAUCAGGGCGAAUCGAGUAUAAUACACAAUAUUUCUACAUCUAAAAGGACUAUUGAUAUUAAUGUAGAAGAACCACAGGAUAUCGAAAAACCAGAGUUGAUUACAACCCAAUCCUGUGAAAAACCAACGGAAGAAUCUGAAAGUGAAACCAAGAAUAAUGAAACGACCAUGGAAACUUUGGAGUCGGAAACUGGAACGAGAGAAAACGGUUCUCUUCUCGCGAGUGACGCCGAGGAGGAUACCAAAACUUUGAAACGGAAGCUUGAAUUUGACGAUAUUCCCGAAAAGGAAACGGUACCUGCGAAGAAACCAAGAUGGUUACUAGAGACGAAACAAGCGCUCGAUUUGUUAAGUGAUUCGAAAGCUCGCGGUUUGACUAUCGUAGCGAAGGAGCAUCCUUUACAAAUUGCAAACGCGCUACUUCCUUUCUUGGGAAUUUCAAGGCCAUUUGUCAUCUUUCAUGCACAUCGGGAGCCUUUGCAAGAAACUUACAUGGAGUUAAAGCAGAAACGCAAUGUAAUAAAUAUGAAACUGUUUACAAAUUUUUUGCGUUCAUAUCAAGUAUUACCUGACAGGACUCAUCCUGAUAUCUCGACGAGCGAUACCGGCGGUUAUAUUUUAACUGGUUACCUAGUUGAGAAUUAAAAUGUUUUUUUUUAUAUAUAUAUUUUGAUGUAAAAAAUUAAUCAGCAUAAAAUCACAUACUGUAUAUCGAAUGCCAAAUUAUAAGAUGUAUACAACGUUAGAAAAAUUUUAUAAACGGAUUAUAAUUUUUUACAUAAAUAUAACUCUAUUACGUAUGUA